AAUAUGAUUGGACGCUCUUACUGGUUACAUUAAAAAUUCUUGUUAAACUAACCAAUUGUUUGCAAAACCAUUCAUAAAGGUUGUUUAUACAUCUUUCCUCUAUGGAACAUAGAUUAGAUAAGAAUUGAGCUCAGUCAAUGGCUGCAGUUUGUUCGAUAUCAAACAAGUUUGUGUCGCCUCGCAAGACUGCAAUUAGUAUUGCUGCGCAAUGGAACAGUUUGAUUUCAACAUUUUUCGGCAAGUUGCUCCAAAAGAUGCCCCCCUGCGAAACGCAAUCCGCCUCGAAUCGGUAAUCUUGGCCCGGAAUGCAAUCGUCCAGGGUGCCAACAUCAACUGCCAGUACCCGGACGAUUGGAAUACUCCUCUCCAGAUGGCCAUAGGCGGUCGCUGCCAGCCGAUUGUUGAGUUGCUGAUUAGUCAUAACCCGGACUUUGGGCUAGUCAACGGAGCGAACCUGACCGCGGCGGAGAUGGCACAAGAAGCUGGGGAGGUGUCUUGGGUUCGGACGAUGAUUGAGGCCGAGUUCAAAGGGUGCGAUCCGGUUGAUGUUCUGUACGAGCUGUUGAAAAGAAGAUCGCUGAAAGUGUUGGAAUUGGCGAUCGAAAUGCUCAAUUUGACCAAGAAUAAUUUAACGAGCAGUUUGGCUAAAGCAUGGAACAAACUGGAGGUGAUGAACGUGAAGGUGGAAUCUGAGUUGGAACUGUUUGUCCAUUUGACGUUGUUACGAAUUGAUUAUGAAGAGUUUGGUGGUGCGAAAGUUAGUGUGAAGAAGAUGACGGACGAGGAAGUUAAGCAGCGAAUGCAGCUGGUUCUACGGGAGAUCAAUCAACUGGAAAGUAAGUUCGACACAGGAUUGUGCGAUGAUGUUUGCGACGAGUUUCUGGAAAGGUUGAGACUAAUCCUUAGACAGUUAUUUGUGCUGAAAAAUCGAAUAGAAUACUUUCCAAUGUUACAACUGGAAUAUUGUGUAGCCGUUUACUUGGCGAUUUAUGAUCGAAAACCGGAACUCGAUUUGUUUCAACUAGCUAUCAAUAAGCGCUUGAUAGUCCAAUACUUGGUGCAGCUUAAACGGACAUACGAAAGUAUACCGACAGUUGAUAGAAGGAUGUCAAUUGAACUAUUGUACAAAUUAACAAAGGUUAUAGUAGAAAAUAGGACAAGUAAGUGUAAGCUGAUAAUUGCAUGUUGGGCUCCCAUUGUAGGCAGUUUUUAUAAAAAGAAAGAACUAAUCAUGAUAAGGAACAAAAUAGUUAAAAGUUUAUUGACGAGAUUCGAGAACUUAAAAAGUUUUAGAGACUUAAGUAAGGAUGAACUGAGCAAAUUCAAAAUAGAGGCUGAGUCAAUAAACAAACUAUUUGAGACCAGAAAAUAUCGGUAUCGUUUUGGAUCACUGCUGAAGUUAUAUUUCAGACUCAAACAGAUGUAUUCGUUGCAAAAAACUAUGAGAUAUUUGGAAAUAUUGGAAAAGAUUGAACUGCAUACCAACAUGAGCUGUCUCUCAUCGACAUUGGCGAUUCAACGAGUUUUACAAGUGGUCGGUGAGACGCUUAAGGCAACCAAACUGUCUCCAAACAUUUCAACAAACUUGCGAAAUACUCUCGAGUUUGCUUCACCUGCCAAUGUGCUGAGCCAAAUUUGUAAAUUGCGUAAUUAUUUCUCGCACGAUUUUUCUAUGAGGAAACAUUCGGUUUAUACUUUGUCAAGGGAAAAUGACGAGGAAUUAAUUGAAAUUUUCAGGAAAACACAGGCAGAUCUUAUGAAAAUCACUCCACUGAUUGACAACAUCCUCAAAUACGAGUAUGUGAGAUAUGUAAAGGCAUUUCUAAGCUUUGCUCUUCAACUGAAAUCAGCUAAUGAAGUGAAGUCAUUUGCAAACGCCUGCAAAGUUUCAUACAAUUUUAAGUUGAAUGCAUAUUUAAACAUAUCUGACAUCCCAGCAAUUGUAAACAUUUUAAAUAAGUUGAAAAAUACAUACUGUCCCUCCAAACACUGCGAUAAUCUUAAUAUUUUAGCAAAAAUACAACGCAGUUUAAAGUAUUACCAGCAGACGAUGACCAAUGUUGCUGAUGUUACCAACUUUGUUAUUCCAUCCAUUGGAGCUCUAAUUACGAAUGAUAGUUUGGAAUAUCAACACAAUUCUGCCAGAUUUUUGUUAAAGAAUAUCAGUUGCCCUCAAGGUCACGAGUACGGUGUAAAUACACUGAUCAUGUACAGCUUCAAAGCCGAUAUUAAUAAGUUGAUUGAGUUAGAAACAACACCAGCUGAUGAUCAUUCAAAUGAUCGACUAGCCAUCAUUCACGAACUGAUGAAACUUGCAUUAACCGAAAAUAUUGGUACAUUACAGACUUUUACCGUUGGACAAGAAAGUCUUACAAUCAAUCAUACCAAGCGUUUGGUGAAACUACUAGAGUUGGAUCCUUUGACUGACGUUUUACUUUCAGAACUUGACAAAUCGUUAACCAAAUACUAUUCAAAUUUAUUUGCUCUAGACAACAAGUACCGUACAGUGAAAACAUUUUGUAAACAUCACAAACUAAACUAUAAUAACGAGGUCGUCCUCAAAAGUCGAAUAAAAGAUGAACGAUUCCAUCAGAAAGCAUUCGACGAUCUGAUCCAAGACAUUGCCAGACUUAUUUCGCUACCACAAGCAAUGGACACCGUUGAGCUUGUCACGCUCGUAGCGUCUUUUCAAAAGUUGCUCUCGGACAGCCCCGAUUUGUUGGCUAUCGAGAUCGUACUCCUGGAAGUGUUGAACGUUCUAACCACGAAUGGAGUGCUCCAGGACAACAGAACCACCCUGUCCUUGAUAAGACCGGUCGUAUCGGGACGCAAUCUUCGGAAUUACUUGGCGCAUGACUCUCUCGUUUAUGAUACCUUGUGCAGAAAUGGGCAAGCUCAAAUGACCGUGUUUCUGAAUGCGAUAUGUUUGACUAAAUAUGUGAAAUUUGACCUUUUUCAUCAAAAGAAAGUGAUUAUGAAUCCAGAAGGAACAGAGUCAUUUGAAGAGGUCCACCAUUGGACAAGCUCAUUGAUGAUGGAGAAGAAAACGUUUUUUGAAAAUCUUACAAAUUCCAGCUUCCACAAAUUAAACUACGAAAACUUUGAAUGCAAAGCACGACUUUUCAACAAGUGCAGUGUGUUGGAAACUGUUAUGGACAAGCAUUCCAAGGAGUUUAUUGAAUUUCUUAUUGGGAGAAAGUCGCCAGCAUUGCAGUUCUUUCAGAUGCUUCUCCGUGCUACCCCAAAUCAGAUGUGCAAUUUCUACGAAGACGAUUCUUUUUUUAUUCGGGAUGUAGUGGUCAAUGCAACUCUACGACAAAAUAUGGGAUUUUAUAUGUCAGUAAAGUAUAAGUACUAUGACCUAGAGGCCGACAUUGGAUCGAUUUAUGGGGCUGUCUACGAGGCAGAUAGUCUUAGUGUUGCGAUCUUAUUUGGAAAUUCCCGCACAGCUCUAUCAAUAAUCGAAAGUUCAAACUUGUAUGAGUUUUGUACUGCGGAUACUUUGAGGCACGAUCAGACCGUUCUGAUGCUGGCUACCCUGUACAAACAGCCGGAAGUUGUUCGAGCAAUUUGUGAAAAAAGUCCGCAAAUGUUGGAAUGUACGAAUACAUCGGAUGAAAGUGCACUGUACUUGGCGGUUGGUAUUGGAAGUAAGGCAAUUGUGAAAAUUUUACUAGAGUUUGGUGCUAAUCCCCACCACCUCACAAAGUCAGCAAUCGUUAAUGCAUUGUUAAACAGGAAGGACGACAUACUUGAGAUGUUGCUUCCAAGUGACGAAAAGUUGAUAUUGAAUCAGGAGUUACUAGGUAAAAUCGUGAAUAAAGCUGGUCUAUCAAAUCACCAUACCUUGCUAAGAAGACUACUUCCUAUGGUAAUGGGCUCUUCUUCGCUCGUGGAAGCUCUCAAUUCUGCAGCGUUACGCGGGCAUCUAGAAGCUGUAGAAGUUAUACUUAAAUUUAAUCCGUCCAUCGUGAAUGAGCAGAAUUCUGCUAAUGAAACGGCCCUGUUUAAUGCAUGCUAUAGUCGAUCACGACGAAUAGUAGAGCUGCUCCUGCGUUACGGCGGAAAUCGCAACCUUCCGGAAGAUUAUCUUGCUGUGGACGAUGUUGUGGAAAAGAAUCAGAGAAAGGUGUUGAAACUGUUUAUAGACCAGAACAGCAUUAGUGAACAGCUUCGAGCGACCCUAUUCGAAAAGGUACAUCGUACUAGAGCAAAGAUGGCAUGGAUGGUGUUUAAAGCUGGGUAUCCAUGUAGAAUUACCAACAGGCAUAUACUUAACAAUACAUUACAGUUGUAUCUUAGAAUGAUCCGCGUCGAGUCUAACUUAAUUCAGCAGAUUGAUUGUUAUACCGUGUCAAAGGCAAUACUAUUGAGAAAUGAAGAAUUUGUCAAGUGUGUACUCGACGUUACCUGCAGUCGUAUGAGCGUUACUGACCGCGGAAGAUUGAUCAACAGUAGCGUACGUGCGAAUGACAAAGGUAUUCUCAAAUACCUUAUCGGGAUCGGAUGUGAAGUAAAUCAACCAGACUACAAUGGAGUAACACCUUUGGGCUUAGCGGUGAUUUUAAACAAGCCUGAUUUGAUACGGAUUUUACUAAAAGCUGGAGCGGAUGCAAACGUGGAAAGCACAAGCAAUGGCCCGAUCAUAAUAGACGCGUGGUCUUCGGUUGGCCCAACAUUCGCCAAACAGCUUCAAGAAGGAUCUUAUGUGACGUAUCCAAUUUUGUUUGCAAUUGCACUCAAUCAUCACAAGAUUGUGGAAUAUCUGGUGCAAUAUGGUGCGGAUGUAGAAGUUUGCGAUCGCUAUGGUAUAACUCCGUUGAUAGGAGCAAUUCUUGCUGGAAAUCGUGCGUUAGUGGAGUUUCUUUUGAGCCAUGGAGCAAACAUUGAUCGUGCACGGCGCUCUGUGGAUUCAAUAUUUCACAGCGGAACAGUUUUGCACGAUGCAGCUAAAAAUGGACACCUGCAAGUGUUCCGGCUUUUGGUUGAACAGUACGAUUUCGAUAUGGAUGUUUGCGAUCCUCAAGGAAACACUGCCCUUCAUGUCGCGGUACAGAAUGAUCGUGUAGAAAUUGUGAGUUACCUGCAGGAUUCUGUCCACUGGAACACGGCGAACAAAAGUGGUGAAAUUCCACUUGAUAUCGCGUUGACAAAUCUCAAUGAAGUGUCAUAUACUUUUAUCAAGCAACUUCCCGGAGUUUUCGAAUAUAUGAAGUAUUUCCGAGAUGAGAAGCAACGCUCUGUUCUGCAUUUUGCUUCGAGUUAUGGGCGUACAACGAAUUUUUUAAACGUGCUUUUAGUUGAGUUAGAGUUAGAAAUCGAUGCCUUAGAUGAGUUCAAGCAAACGCCACUUCACUAUGCUUUAAGCAGGUUUGAUUUAGAACUUGUGAAAUUUUUUGUAUCGCGAGGAGCGUCUUUAGGAAAAAUUACAGAACGAAUUCUUGCAAAUUUCUUGAUAAGAGCAGUUUUACUCAAUAAAGUCGAUCAUGUUCGGUUUUGUUUGCAGCAAGUGGAAUUCACACAGAUUUUAUUGAACGUUCGCGGUGCCGACUGUAAUUUGCUUGAGAUAAGCAUCUUUCAAGACAAUAUGGAAAUUUUUCAACUCUUGCUGGAUUUGACUGUGUUUGAUGUGAGUUCCAUUCAAGGAAAUGGAAAUACCACACUUCAUUUCGCGGCCGGUGUGGGGUCUGUCAGGAUUAUGGAUAUGCUGCUACGUGAAGGAGUACAGCUGGAGAAUGUCAAUCAAAGAGGCAAAUCCCUGUUGUUUGUGGCAAUUGAAUACGGGAACUGGAAGGUAGCUAAAUAUUUGCUGUCGAAAGGAGCUUCCAAGCAAUCACUCAUCAAAUAUCGAUAUCCAGAUACAGCGGGUAUGAAUGUCGUGCACCACGUGGCUUCUACUGGUAGACUGGCAUCUUUAAAAAUUCUUCUGGACGAAGAGGUGUUUGCUCGAACUGUUCCAGAUGAAAAAGGUCGAACGAUCGGACACUAUGCUGCCGCUAACAACCGGACGAAUGUAGUUGACUACCUCGUAGCAGCUAUGUUUCCGCUUGACAUGGAAGACGAAGAUGGAAGGUCCUCACUAGUUUACGCCAUAGAACACGAGCACUUGAAGUUAGCACAACGGUUAAUUAGUGUUGGAUGUUCUCGAAGGAUUGUUUAUAUUUACAAUGAGAAAAAUAAACUUUUGAAGCGAUCGAUUGAAAAUGGGAAGGUCGAAAUAAUCAUGUUUCUAAAGGAAUACUGUAACCUGUAUGACCCAGACCUCGAACUGGCUACCUUGAUUCCAGAAACACUAACAAAGAAAUCAAACGAAACAAAGGCUCACCAAGCUCGACUUGAGCUACUCCAGCAAAACAAAAUCAGCGAAUUACAUGAUCUCAUUGCCCAAGAUUACCAACCUAUUGAUACUGUCAACUCUUUGGGCCGAACUCUCCUGCACGAAAGUGUUUUGUGUGAAAACUUCGAAGCUGUAAAGACUCUCCUCAAGCUAGGGAUGCCACUUGAAUCACUGGACACCCAAGGUACUACUCCGUUGAUCCUCGCACUGAUGAAAAACAACCAAUCCCUGGCCAAAUAUCUCAUCAACGCGGGUGCUUCUCUUGAGUCCGUUAAGCAGUUCCGUACAACAAACCGAGAUCAAUCGACUAUGCUGCACGUAGCAGCGCAGCAUGGACUAAACAGAAGCCUUAAACUUCUACUAGAACAGAGUAUAUUUGACGUUGACGUUGGGGACUUUGAUCAAACGACGCCACUUCAGGAGGCAGCUUGUCGGGGUCACAAGUCUUGUGUAGAGUUGCUGCUCAUGGCUGGUGCCGAUGUGGAGUAUGUUGAUCUGCAAGGAACGAACACACUGACCAGGGCCUUUUGUGGAUCACAGGAGGAAAUUGUGCAACUGUUGCUGGAACGGCAGGUGAGUCUGGACAACGCGAGAGAGUUUCGAGUUCCCAACAGUAAAGAGGAAUCACUGUUGCAUUUGGUUGCCUCUGGGAACAAUCCCAAUUUGAUUGGCAUUCUAGUUGAAAUUGUCGGAAUUGCUGUUGAUGUACUUGACAGUCAAGGUCGUACUGCGCUUCACUAUGCUGCUGAGGCUGGUGCGGUUGAGGCAGUGGAACGUCUUCUGAAGAAUGGAGCCAGUAAGGUUAUCGUUGACGAAAGCGGAUCAUUCCCGUUGAUAGUUGCAAUCAAGGCAGGACAUGGCGAUAGACUCGCAGAGUUGUUACUACCGGAAUCAGUCAAUAACGAUGUUUUAGAGACAUUUCGAAUACCCGAAUGCCACAAAUCAGUGCUUCAUUUAGCAUUAGAGAGCAAAUGUUACCAUUUAUUACGAUUGCUGAUCAAUGACCACAAGAUAAACGCAGGAUUAGUCGAUUCUGAUGGAAGAACUAUUCUACACUAUGCUUCUGCUGAAGGUAGCAUGCUACCGAUAGAACAUCUAAAUCUUCCAAUCGACUUAUUUUUUGCCCUGGAUUGUGAUGAAAAAUCUCCAUUGAGCAUAUGCGUUACAAAAGGAGACGAAAGUGGUUUCAAAUCGAUUCUCGGCCAACUGAUCAAAUGUGAACAUGAUCAUUUAAAUGCAAUUCUUCACUGUAUUGUUAGAUCCAGAGUUGAAUCUUUAUUGAACCAGUACAGUCAGUGGUUAUUGAUUGAGAGAAUGGAGUUUGUUACUGGAAACAAACAAAUUCUUGAGGUUUUGAGAGUGGCCUAUCCCGAUUUGUUAUUAGAACUAGUCAUCAUGAAUAAUCAUGUGGACACACUUAGACUGCUAAUUUCAAGUGGAUUAGAUAAAGCGAUUGUGUCAGAAUGUAAGUUGCCAUUAGGUGUCAAUUUUUUACAUGUGGCUGCUUUGAAAAACUUUGAUAAUCUUGCGAAUAUUUUUAUAAACCAACUUGAAAUAUCAGUAGAAUCUCUCGACGACAAUCAGCAAACUCCCCUAGCAUAUGCUGUCCACCUCAAACAUUUGGAAACCGUCAAUGUACUUCUUGAGCACAAAGCCAACGCUAAUUGUCUCGACAAGAACGGGCGAUCCCCACUGCUGACAGCCCUUGAACAUGACGACCUAGAGCUGGUUCAGCUGCUACUGUCCCAUGGAGCAAGCCUCCCAUUAGUGGAAGAAUUUCGUUACAAAAGUGAAAACAAAUUCACCCCACUUCACUUCAUGGCCGAGCGAGGACUGACAAAAACAUUGCCCCUUGUUCUACCAGCCAUGCAGGUGAACUGCCUUGAUGACCACGGACUGACUCCGUUGCACUAUGCAGCCGCUACCGACCAACGAACCGUGAUUGAACUUUUGAUGGGAGCCGGAUCGACCAUCGAUGCUGCCGACAAGCAUGGUUCGACGCCACUGUUGAGAGCAGUAUCCAAGGGUCACAUGGAGUGCUUUGAACUGCUUCGACGGCAUGGAGCCAAUGUGGAGCUGCUGAAGCGGUUUAGAAACAGCAAUUAUGAUAACGAAAGCAUGCUCCACAUAACGGCGGAAAAGGGGCUGCUGGAAAUGACCAAGAUGUUGGUGGAGGAGUAUCAUUUGGAUGUUGACUGCCAAGAUAAAGAUGGCGCGACCAGGACGGCCACAAAAACAAGUGCCAUGAUGGUGGUGUGA